AAAAAGUGUAAGAAAAACUUCUCAUUUGCAAAUGAUAUUUUCUGACCAAAAUAAUAAACGUGAAAUCAACAAUAAACUCUUGAUCAAUUUCAUUUAUUCAGUGCUCAUUAGAAAAAUAAAAAGAAACUGCAUACCAAAAAAACAAUUUCCAUAAGAGAAAAUAAAUAUACUAUACUAACGCGAAUGGAAAAAGAGUGACUAGGUUACUAUUGACUGUAAGUGACUAUAGAUAGCUAAAUUCAACAUUUUUGGCGAUUAUUUUGAGACUUUUUGACUAUCGGAUGACUAUGAUUAUUCUCAACUAUAUAGUUAGCUGUUGCAGUUGAUUGAAGUUAACAAACGGUUAAACCCAAAAUAGUCAGUCACUUUUUUUGCACACGAGUAUAAUUAAGAUUAUUUUUCACUAGAUUUCAUCGCUAAUUUUGUUAUUUAAAAUGUUCAUGAAUUCAGUUGGCUACUUCACCAUGCGUCAUCAUCAUCGCAUGUAGUCAAUAUUAUAUCUUACACUGACGUCAUUGAGUUGUCUUUUGAAAUUGAACUCAAUUUUAAUGAAUUUGUAUGGAUGGAAUAGUCUAGCCAUUGAUAUGUGAUAACCAUAAAAAAAAAAUCUGUGAUAAGAAUCGUUUGUAAAUUGGAUCUAUUAAAGCGUAAACCGUCUGGCGUUCAUUUAAAUUUUUACAAUGGUAGUAGAUCAAAAAGUCGACAGAGAAAGUGCUGAACAGAGUAAUAUUAUGGGCGGGAUUGUACCCGAAAUUGUGCCGUUAUCAUGGAAACUUUGGCAAAAACGGCGAUAUAUCGUCGUGUUGAUGGCGUUUCUAGGCCUUUUCAAUGUGUAUUCAUUGCGAGUUAAUUUAAGCGUUGGCAUCGUUGCAAUGACAGAAAACCGAACCGUUUACUAUCCAAACGGAACCAUUGGAUAUGAGCAAGAGUUUUCAUGGGAUUCAAAAGAUCGUGGAUUAAUUUUGAGUUCGUUCUUCUGGGGUUACAUUAUGACUCAAAUUUUUGGUGGUUUGCUUGGUUCAAAAUUUGGCGGAAAUCUGGUAUUUGGUAUUGGUGUCUUUGUGACAUCCGUUCUAACACUGCUUACACCACUGGCAGCCAAGGCUGGUGUUGGUGCCUUAAUUUCAGUGAGAUUAAUUGAAGGCAUUUUUGAGGGCGUUACAUUCCCAUGUAUGCAUGCGGUUUUGUCACAUUGGGCACCACCAUUUGAACGAUCUCGAAUGGCAACGAUCGGUUUUGCUGGAACCUAUGCUGGAACGGUUAUUUCGAUGCCAGCUAGUGGAAUUCUUGCGAAUCAAUUUGGAUGGGAGAGUUGUUUCUACGUGUUCGGGGCGAUUGGAUGUGCCUGGUACGUGCUAUGGAUUAUUAUUGUUCGUGAAAGUCCGGAUAAGGAUAAAUACAUAUCAAAAGAUGAAUUGCGUUACAUUCAAGAAAGUUUGGGCUCAAAUACAAGCAGAAGUAAUAAACAUCCGUGGAAGGAUAUAUUCACAUCGAAAGCGGUAUAUGCAAUCAGUGCUUCACAUUUUGCCGAAUGUUGGGGGUUUUACACAAUGUUAACACAAUUGCCAAGCUUUCUUAAAGAUACAUUGGGCUAUGAAUUAGAAAAGGCUGGUUUUCUAGCUGCCGCACCAUAUUUGGCGAUGGGAUUUUUACUCACUAUUGCUGGAUAUUUAGCAGAUAUGUGCCAAGUCAAGGGUUAUUUAACAACUACACAAGUGCGGCGAUAUUUCAACUGUGGGGGAUUUUUGGCUCAAACAGUUUUCUUGAUGUUAGCAGCAUAUUUGAUGAGUCCAACUGGAACGAUUGCAUGUAUUAUAGCAGCCAUUGGACUGGGUGCAUUUGCUAUGUGCGGUUUUUCCGUUAAUCAUCUGGACAUAGCACCACAAUAUGCUAGUGUCCUCAUGGGCAUUUCAAAUACGUUCGGCACAAUUCCUGGGAUCGUGUCUCCAGCCUUGACCGGUUUCAUUGUUGUGAAUUCAUCAAGGGAUGAAUGGCAAAUUGUUUUCAUGAUUUCGGCUGGAGUAUAUUUGUUUGGCUGUGUUAUUUAUUGGAUGUGGGCAACUGGUGAAGUACAACCGUGGGCCCAAAAAACAUUGAGUAGUGAAAGCAAUAACAAACCAAAAUCACCAGAUACCGCUCAUGGCCAUGAGAACGAUGGUCUCGAAAUAAAUCAUUCAUUCGAAUAACAAAGAUGAUGAGAAAAUGUUUAUUUUUGUUCAAAAUUCUUUUUGGAGCAAAAUUUACUGUGGAAUUGUGCUUCCAAUAAAGUCAAUAUAAAAUAUUGAGGCUGUAUUAA